UUUUGCUGCUGCGAUUUUGGAGCAACGCAAAACCCUUUCCCUCUUUCCCCCUCUCGUCUCCUUCGCUUCGUCAUGUCUUCUUCGUCGCUUCCCGACGAAGUCGUCAAGAACCGGUGGCUCGGGUUUCUGAUCUGGCAGUCCAUCACGUCUGCCGUCAUCCACCUCUCCUCCUCCCUCCUCCUCCACCGCCUCGGCCGCGGCUCCUCCUCCUCCGUCGCCGCGACUCUCUUUGCUUUCCUCGCCUUCCACCUCUCCCUCCUCCUCCUCUCCCUCGCCAUCUUUCUUCUCUCCACUCCCCAUCCCGACCCCUCCGCCUCCCUCCCCGACCUUGCCGCUGCCACCCUACGCGCUUCCCUCAAGUCCCUCGUCGGCGGCUUCUCCCGUCCAUCCUUCACCGCCGACUUCGCCCACCGGGCUCGGCGCUCGCUCGCUUCCGGUGUUUUCCUGUUGGUUUGUGGCGUUGCGGGAUUCCUCUCGGUGGUGGCCGUGUGCGGGAAUGCUGAGGUGGUGGACGGGGCUAGCCUGGUUGGCGUGGGGUUGAGAGGGUUGGUUUUUGGGCUGGUUUAUGGUCUCCAUUAUGUUUACAGGAGGAGGUGGAUCCUAAAAUUUCCGAUCAUUCAGCGUCCUUUUUUCUACAGCUUCAAGAUUGGUCUGUCUCAAUCAUUGAAAAGAGCUCUUAAGUUAUCAGUUCAGGCUUAUGUCUCUUCGGUCAUACUAAUUUUCUUUUUGCCUGAUCAAUUAAAGAACAAGAAUAUGAUUGGAAAAUUCAUUAUUCAACAGCUCAGAUUUUACAUUGGGAUACUUACUGUUUCUAUCUGCUGGGAACUAAGCCAUCAUCUACUUCAGGAUGUACAUACUAGGAGGUGCAUUUUUGCACCACCACAGGGAUCAGCUGCAGCAGAAACAAAUCCUAGUGAAAUUCUGCUAGAGACUUUGGAACAAAGCAGUCCAAGAUCCCUCAUACAGUAUCUUGCAUAUCUUGAUCUGUGUCUUGUUACAGAGAGCAAUGCAGAACCUUGGCGUCGAGGUGCCUUUUUUGAAGAAACUGGUGAAACUUACCAAAGAACUAUAAAUGUAUGCUUAAGGCCUAUCGAGCAGCUUGCCUCUGGGCUUGCUGAAGGUCUUGAAGGUUUUUCCAUAAAUAGAUCUGAUCUCUUGUCCAAGCAAUUAAAUUCACCUGUAGACAUUCAAGUGGACUCCAGGCUUCAUGAAGCUCUCAAUGAUUUUCAGAUUUGCUCGUGGUGUGCAAGAGCUCUGGGAGCAUUGACGGCACGGUCUCACCUAGAGGAUAGGUAUGGAGUUGCUCAACUUACUGGCUGCAACAAAGCAGUCGUUUCGACAUUGUUAUCUUGCCUGCUGGCCGUGGAGGCUUGUGUGGGUAAAAAAACCAGCGUACAGCUGGCACACAUGCUGGGCCCUGCCAACAUCAGAUGGGCGACAGUCAACACUGGGAAAAGAGAUGCUGUGCCUGCACUGACUACCAAAAAAAGAGGCGCCGCACUGCAUGCUAAAGCUUAUGCCAUGGCCGAUGUUCUCAAAACAUCCAUAUACCAAGUCGUGUCUGCUUUCCAAACGGAUAUGCAGGCAAAUGCAAAAGCUUCGGUCUUGGAGAAGAAUUGGAUUGCCGAGGGAAAACCUAUAUAUGGUACACGUGAGAUCCUUAUACAAAAGUUGCAUCUCUUUUUGGAUUAUCGCGCCGUCUGAAGUUCUGAUUUAUUCAAUUCCUAUAUUUGUUUAAAAGUGUGGAGAUUUUGAUGAGGCGAUAUAAAUUUUUCUUGUCAAGAAGAGAUCACGUUUAACAAGGCUUUGUAACCUGCUCCGACUUUAAUUUGGAAGAAGCUCCCCUUAAGGUUAGAUUGUAAUGAGACCAGAUUCCAUGUUAUAAAGCACUAAUCCUUGUUGUUGCAUUA